AUGCCUCUUUUCUCUUACUUUCACUCUCUCUGUAACCCCCUCUUUUUCUCUUACUUUCACUCUCUUACUGUCCUCUUCUUUUCUCUUACUUUCCUCUCUGUAGCCCUGCCUUUUCUCUCUUACUUUCUCUGUAGCUCUCUACUUUCUCUAACCCCUGCCUUUUUCUCUUACUUUCACUCUCUCCCCACUCUUUUCUCUUACUUUUCCUCUCUAGUAACCCCUGCCUCUUUUCUCUUACUUUCUCUUACUCUCUGUAACCCCUGCCUCUUUUCUCUUUCACUUUCCACUCUCUGUAACCCCUGCCUCUUUUCUCUUACUUUCAUUCUCCCCUCCCCCCUCUUUUCUCUUGCUUUCACUCUCUGUAACCCUGCCUCUUUUUCUCUUACUUUCACUCUCUGUGCCUGCCUCUUUUCUCUUACUUUCCUCUCUAUGGCCCCCCUCUUUCUCUUACUUUCCUCUCUCUCCCCUCUUUCUCUUACUUUCACUCUCUGUAACCCCUCCUCUUUCUCUUACUUUCCUCUCUGUAACCCCUGCCUCUUUUCUCUUACUUUCCUCUCUGCCUUUUUUCUCUUACUUUCACUCUCUGUAACCACCUCUUUUCUCUUACUUUUCUCUGUAACCCCCCCCUCUUUUCUUACUUUCCUCUCUGUAACCCCUGCCUCUUUCUCUUACUUUCACUCUCUGUAA